UCGGAGAGGACCGAGUCCCCUGCACGGCACCUCAGGUUCCUGCGGACGUCAGCGGGUCCUUCUGCGGUCAUCCCACGCCGAGCUUGGCCAGCACGCACGCCUCGCCUCGCAGGAGCCCGCACAAAAGACGCGUCCGGCCCGGGCUGGAAGCAGCCGUAGCCUUCGGCUGGACGAGGAUGGAGUGACCGGCGCGGUCCUGGCCACGCAGACCCAGCUCGACGCUCCUCGCCUGCUCUCGCAGCGGAGCCGAACCUCGUACGGCCGCUCCAGGAAAGGGCGCGCGGCGCGGGAAGCCGCUAUGGACAGCGGCGGCCCCGCAGGCAGCCACCUGAUCGCCAGCAACGAGCCCGCGCCACCGGUAGCCGCCACCCGAGACUCGAGCCAGGGACGGACCGGACCGGGGCCGGCGGGCCCAGGCGGUGGCGCGCGCUCGGGGGGCGGGAGGCCGGCGGCAGCGAACGCGGCGCGGGAGCGCAGCCGCGUGCAGACUCUGCGGCACGCCUUCCUGGAGCUGCAGCGCACGCUGCCGUCGGUGCCGCCGGACACCAAGCUGUCCAAGCUGGACGUGCUGCUACUGGCCACCACCUACAUCGCGCACCUCACUCGCAGCCUGCAGGACGACGCCGACGCACCGGUGGACCCCGGACUGGGCGCCCUGCGCGGGGAUGGUUACCUACACCCUGUCAAGAAAUGGCCCAUGCGAUCAAGACUGUACAUUGGUGCUACUGGUCAGUUUCUGAAGCAUUCUGUCUCUGGAGAAAAAAUAAAUCAUGACAAUAUUCCAACAGACUCACAGCCUUAGGCUCUCCCCUGAGGGGGGCUGGUAGAAAGUGAUGUCGUUGUUUUUAAAUGAUAUGAAAUAACUCUAUAUUUAUUACAUCAGAUCUAACAAACAUCAUUUCUGAAA